AUCAACCCAUUAGACCCGUGGUUUCCCAGGCAUAUAAGUGAGCUGGAUCACUGCACACACAUAAUCGCCAAGUAUGAGCCCGAUCUCGACAGCGAUCAUCCGUUUUGUGUGUCGUUUGUGUCAAUGGACAGGGAUUUCUGGAUCCGGGGUAUAGACAGAGAAGGAAAGAGAUCGCAGACAUUGCUUUCACUUACAAGUAUUUUGUGUGUCGUUUGUGUCAAUGGACAGGGAUUUCUGGAUCCGGGGUAUAGACAGAGAAGGAAAGAGAUCGCAGACAUUGCUUUCACUUACAAGUAUGGGGAGUCAAUACCUCGUGUGACAUAUAAUGAAAGCGAGAUAAGAACCUGUGGGGAGUCAAUACCUCGUGUGACAUAUAAUGAAAGCGAGAUAAGAACCUGGGGUGAAGUGUAUAAGGAGUUGCGGCGCCUAUUUGAGAGCCACGCGUGUCGGACACACGUCGAUGUGCUCACACUUCUGGAGAAGGAGUGCGGCUAUGCUUCCGAUAAUAUUCCUCAACUACAAGACGUGUCACUGUUUCUCAAGAGGAGAACUGGAUUUACUCUGCGUCCGGCGGCCGGCCUACUCACGGCCCGGGACUUCUUGGCCAGCCUCGCGUUCCGCGUGUUUCAGACCACACAAUACGUGCGCCACGACUCCAAUCCACACCAUUCCCCCGAACCGGAUUGCAUCCAUGAGCUGAUCGGACACGUGCCCAUACUGGCCGACCCCACAUUCGCGCAGUUCUCGCAAGAGAUCGGUUUGGCGUCUUUGGGCGCAUCCGAUGAGGAGAUCGAGAAAUUUGCGACUUUGUAUUGGUUUACCGUUGAGUUCGGUCUCUGCAAAGAGAACAAUGAGAUCAAGGCGUACGGCGCCGGCCUAUUGUCAUCGUAUGGUGAGCUCAAGCACUCGCUGUCGUCGAAGCCCGAGCUGAGGGCCUUUGAACCCGAGGCCACAGCCGUACAGCCCUAUCAGGACGUCGAGUAUCAGGACGUGUAUUACGUGGCCGACAGCUUCCAAGACGCUAAGGAUAAGUUCCGGGAGUACGUGAAGAGUAAACUCGCGCGACGUUACGAAGUAUAUUACGAUUCGUUCACAGAUUCCGUGCAUAUAUUGGACUCAAUCGAUAAAUUGCAUUCAUUUGGCGCUAAACUCAAAGCCGAUAUGAAUUGCAUGAAUACAGCGUUGGGCCGAUUAAGUGGUACUAAUUGAACACUAAUAAGCCAUACAUUGUAUUACAGAAUAAUCGAUAUACAGAAUUGUAUUAAGAAAUAAAGUUUUAUCAAAUGUUCUAACAUUGAGUUUAGUUUAAAAUAUCUGGU